UUCAUCAUCUUCUUUUCGUCUGCAAUUUCACUUUCAUAUUAUGCUUAUAUUGUAACUUUAUGCUUAAUUUAUUGUUUUUUCUUCAUUAAUUUCAUUUUUAUUCUAGUUGCUACAAUUUAGGUUUUUACUUCAUGUUUUUAUGUUGGAUUAAUCUGAUUUUAGGGUUUAGUGUAGUACCUAGAAAGCUAGUGAUGUUUGCAAGGUAAAUCAGAUUAAUUAAUCUUUGCACUUAUGUUUGCAAUCAAGGAUCAAUGGUAAACAACCAUUUUUGUCACAUUAACAAAGGGUAUAAGAAGGGUGAUGUUGCCUACAUGAUACAUCUGACCCCCAAACCCCACCCUAAGAUGGGAUAAUGGAAUGUUGUUGUUGAUUAAUUGCGUGUUUCUUGGUAUCCUAUAUCGACAGACAGCUACUGAUGUUUGCAAGGGUAAAUCAGAUUUUGAGCUGGAAGGCUCUUAGAAAUACUGGUUUAAGUAGGAGAUUUACAUCUGUUUCAAGUAAGGCGGUUGUUGAUAUGGCUGCUAAAGACGGGGAACUCAGAGUGUUUUUAGUUGCUGGUGAGGUUUCUGGGGAUACCAUAGGUUCACGCCUAAUGGCUUCAUUAAAGAGGAUAUCUCCUUUUACUGUCAAAUUUUCCGGUGUAGGCGGAUCAAUGAUGUCUCAACAUGGUUUGCAAUCUUUGUACCCUAUGGAAGAACUUGCGGUAAUGGGAAUAUGGGAGCUGUUGCCACAUCUUUACAAGAUUAGGUUAAGGUUGAAAGAAACAGUAGAAGCUGCUUUGUUGUUUAAACCACAUGUCAUUGUGACUGUAGAUGCGAAAGGAUUCUCGUUCCGUUUCCUAAAAGAGUUUAGAGCUUCAUACAGUCAGCAACAUUUGGAUAGACCUAUGCACUACCAUUAUGUUGCACCAUCGUUUUGGGCAUGGAAAGGUGGUGAAGCAAGACUCAAGGGACUAUCUCAUUUCAUAGAUCACAUCUUCUGUAUAUUGCCAUUUGAAGAAGAAGUUUGCCGACUAAAUGGGCUCUCUGCAACUUUUGUGGGACAUCCAGUGCUCGAAGAUUGUUCGGAGUUGAAUUUGGAUACUAUCGACUGGAAGGUUCAGACCAAUAAUCACAACUUCAAUUUUAAAUUUGAAAUUCCUCCAGGAGCCAAGUUUAUAACACUGCUUCCUGGUAGCAGAUUACAAGAGGUAAAACGUAUGGUUCCAAUCUUCUUGAAAACCCUGGAGAUUCUAAAGGAAACAUUCUCUGAGUUGAGUGCAUUCGUUCUGGUCGCUUCAAAUCGGCAUGUGGAAAACUACAUUAGUAGUCUGAAUGACUGUUGGCCAGUGCCUGUCAAACUGAUUCCUGGUGGUGCAACAGACCUAAAAUAUGAUGCAUUCAGUGCAAGCACAGCUGCAUUAUGUACUUCUGGAACUGUUGCUGUGGAGUUGCAACUUGCGAGAUUACCGUCUGUUGUUGCUUACAGAGCUCACGUUUUAACAGAAUGGUUGAUUCGUUAUAAAGCUAAAGUGCCAUAUAUAUCCCUUCCAAAUAUCCUCUUGGAUUCUCCUGUCAUGCCUGAAGCUCUUUUUGAUAGAUGCACACCCAGAAAUUUGGCAUCAACACUAAUGCAACUUAUCCAAGAUGAUGACUACAGAGAACAACAAAUCAAUUCCGCUGACACAAUUAUUAGGCUUUUAAGUCCUGCAGUCACCAAUUUCAUACAACUUGAUUUAGGAGAGACUUUGCAACCUAGUAUGAUUGCUGCAUAUACUUUACUUCAUCAUAGAAGGUGCCAAUAGCUGCAGCCUGCAAGUCAUUGUUCUACUCUUCCUCAAUUUGAUGGAUUCCGUGCAACUAUGAUCUCUUUCCCCUUUUUCUGGAGUUUGGUUCUGCUCUUUGGCUCCUCGUUUCAGAAGCCAUUUUGAAGGCUCAACGCUCAACCAGUCCCUAAUGUUCUUUCCUUCGUUGCUGUCUAUCUCCCCGACGGCUCAUCAAGAUUGUGUUUUUGUCAUUUGUGAAAGUUCUUUUUUUAUGAAUGUGAUUAUUCAAAAAUUAUAGAAUAUUUUUAUUUUUAGAUAGUUUAGUAUCGAGUCGAUUCUCAAUAGGGCUAGAGAUUUAUAGUUCAUUGAUUUGAGAUGAUAACGAACUAUAAUAAUAUAUGUCAUUAAAUCACGCACACAUAAUGACAUUUUUUGUGAUGGUUGCUAUUAAGGAUAUUCGGAAACAACCCUCUUUGCUAUAAUAAUUGUGAGGUUGCAUAUAUUCAACCUCUACAAAUACUGCGUAUGUGGGACCUACAUAAUGACAUUAGAGUGACAUGUUCAAUAUGAAAUUGCUCUGCACAACAUCGUUGUCUAAAUUUUCUAAUUAUUGCUAUUGCUUCCUAAUUUAAUCGUCUUUUUUGAGGACAAUAAAUUUUCAGAUUUAAUAUUGAUAAAGACACUUUGUUAUUGUUAGCAAACCCAACUCCCUUGUUAACCAAAAAUAGACAUUGUCUAAAUUUUCUAAUUAUUGCUAUUGCUUCCUAAUUUAGUCGUCUUUUUUGAGGACAAUAAAAUUUUCAGAUUUAAUAUUGAUAAAAACACUUUGUUAUUGUUACCAAACCCAACUCCCUUGUUAACCAAAAAUAGAUAUUUGCUGAGAAC